GUGGAGUUUUGUAACAAAAGGAUUCCUGUGUGCACUGGAAUAUAUCAGCCGAAAAUGAGGAACUGUUGAGCACCGUCAGGUCACUUUGGAGCCGUACUGUGCGUGGAUGCCUCCGACCCUCGCUGGAUGAUUCCAUCUCAGUGAUGAAAGGCUUAUCCAGCAGCCGCAGCCACCACCACGUGGUGACCUGUGACCCCUCUUUUGACUCCAUGGGUCACCACUUGGACCACAAGCCCUACCUCAUCAGCCAGAUCGACAACCCCCACCCGGUCGACCACUCUUACUACUCCCAGAGAAGCCCCUACCAGCCCGACUGCGUGGUGCCUUACGGGACCUUCCCCCGCCGACACUACAGCUCUCAGCACGAGCUGAAGGACGAGACCGCUGUGGUUCCCUACACCGGGGGAGGGGUUCCGGCCAACAAGGGCCAACAGCGUAUCCCCAUCACUCUGUUGGAUCAGUUCGACCGGCAACUCCCAGUGCCUCGUGAUGGCUAUCACACGCUACAGUACAAGCGUGCCGCCGCAGCCUUGGAGCAACGGAGCGACAGCCCUGGCCGAAUCCGGCACCUGGUGCACUCAGUUCAGAAGCUCUUCACCAAGUCCCACUCACUAGAGGGCCCACACCAUGGUCACGGCCACGGCAAGGGAAGCAUCAACGGAGGCAAGGCCAGCCCCGACGGAGAACCCCCUGCUAUUCGGCACCGAAAGCGCAGCAAGAGCCGGGAGCGCUGCAAGUCGGCUGAACCCAAGAACAGGACGCCACCUUCUGGUUACUGGAGCUCGGAUGAAUUGGAACGCGAGGCCUGCCUGUUUCACCAUGGAUCACCGGGCGUCAUGACCAUGGGCCGCCACCCGGAUAAGUCGCAGUCGCAGUACUUCUUGGAAGCCUACAACACCAUCAAUGACCAGGCACUUAAAAACUCCCGCAGCAGCAAUGAUUUGGGCAAGUGCUCGACGUGCACAAGCAUCCCGCUGAGCGUGGACGCUUCACAGCUCAUGAAGAAGAGCUCGUGGUCGUCCUCUCUCACGGUGAGCAGAGCACGUCAAGUCUACCAGAAGGCCUCAGUAAAUGUAGAUAAGGCUCUAGUGAAAGCAGAGGCUUGUCAGCAGGAGCGCUCAUGCCAAUUCUUGCAGGUUCCUCAAGACGAGUGGGGAGGCUUUCCACUGGGGAAAGAUGAGGAUAUCCCGUGCAGACGCAUGCGCAGCGGGAGUUACGUGAAAGCCAUGGCGGAGGAUGACAGCGGAGAUUCGGACGGCAGCCCUAAACCCUCGCCCAAGAUGCAGGCUCGACGGGCCAGCUACCUCAAAGCCACCCAGCCAUCACUCACAGAGAUGACCACUCUAAAUAUCUCUUCAGAACACUCUCCAAAGCUGCAGAUCCGGAGUCACAGCUACUUGCGGGCGGUGAGUGAAGUUUCCAUCAAUAGGAGCCUGGACACCCUGGACCCCAAAGCUCUGCUAGCCUCUCCCCAAUACCGCUCGCGCAACGAGAGCUACAUGAGGGCUAUGAGCACCAUCAGCCAGGUGAGUGAGGUUGAGGUUAACGGGCAGAUAGAGGCAGUGUGUGAGAGUGUGUUCAGUGAAAUGGAGUCACAGGCAGUGGACGCCCUGGACCUGCCCAUGCCCGGGUGCUUCCGCAUGAGGAGUCACAGUUACGUGCGUGCCAUCGACCAGGGCUGCUCGCAGGACGACGACGGGCCUUUGCUCCCGGCCUCCCCCCCGAGGACCACCACUACUGUCAGAACCAUCCAGAGCAGCACAGUAUCAUCAUGUAUCACCACCUACAAGAAGACUCCUCCGCCGGUACCUCCUCGCACCUCCACCAAGCCCUUCAUCUCCAUCACGGCCCAGAGCAGCACUGAGUCUGCGCAGGACGCUUACAUGGACGGUCCCGGGACGCGGGGCGAGCCCGUCCUCCACUCUGGCCUGAGCAAUUCCACCGAGAGCAUUGACAGCAUGAAAGCGCUGACGGCAGCCAUCGAGGCAGCCAACGCUCAGAUCCACGGCCCUGUCAGUCAACACGUCUGCAACAGCACCGUCACUAUCAGCACUACCCCUCCCUCUCCGCUGCCCAUGGCCAUGCCUGUGCCCGUCCCCAUGCCCAUACCGACCCUGGAAGACGUCCGCAGGGAUGUGCUCAGGAAGAGCAGGUGCCUUUCUAUCGGCAUCCAGGUGGAUGGGCCUGAGGGCCAGGAACUGGAGGACCAGUCCAAGUUUCAGUCAGUGGGGAUUCAGGUUGAAGAAGAGCACGGUCACCGGCGGUUCAAGCGCUCAAACAGCGUGACGGCAGCGGUACAGGCUGAUCUGGACACUCCGGACUACACACCAGCUGACUCUCCUGUCACAGAUUUCCCCUCCUCGGGCUGCUUGUCACGGCAGUACUCACGUGAUGCCGCCACCUCCACCGUCAGCAUCCAGGGCUCAGGGAAUCACUACCACGCCUGCACCUCAGAUGAGUAUGAGGACGUUGGCUUUGAUCCCUCCAUCCUGCCUCCACCUGACCCUUGGAUCGAUAGCGUAACGGAAGAUCCCUUGGAAGUCGUGGGCCGCUCGGUGUGUCAGCGUGAUGGCCGCUGGUUCCUGAAGCUGCUGCAGGCAGAGACUGAACGUAUGGAGGGCUGGUGCAGGCAGAUGGCGCACGAUGAGAAGGAGAACAAGCUACCUGAUGAAAUCCUGGGAAAGAUCCGCAGUGCAGUGGGAAGCGCACAGCUGCUUAUGUCCCAGAAGUUUCAGCAGUUCAGGGAAUUGUGUGAGGAAAAUCUGAACCCAAACGCUCACCCACGGCCAGUGGCUCAAGAUCUCGCAGGGUUCUGGGACAUGCUUCAACUUUCCAUUGAGAAUAUCAGCUUAAAGUUCGAUGAGCUUCACCAGCUCAAAGCCAACAACUGGAGACCCCUCGACCCCCCUGAGAGAAAGGAGAGAAGGCUGCCUCCCCCAGUGCCAAAGAAACCCCCGAAAGGCCACCCUCCACUGGCCAGAGAUCGCUCACUGGAAAGCACAGAGAAGCAGCGUCAGGAGGCACGCAAGCGUUUGAUGGCGGCCAAACGAGCCGCUUCGGUACGGCAGAACUCGGCCACAGAGAGCGCAGACAGCAUCGAGAUCUAUAUACCUGAGGCCCAGACCAGAUUAUGAAACUGCCAAAUGCCAAAACACACUCACACAUGAACGCCCAAGUGCAGAAAUCCACCGUGAGCACAACACAUCACACAGAUCUAUAUUUGCCUGAUGCUAAGAUCACUGUAUAUUAGGAGCGACAUACACCAGCACCAUGAUAGCACAGUAGUAGUAAUUUGACCUUUCAUUACUAAAACAAAUGACAUCCAAGAUAGAUCUACAUCAUAUUUAUAUGACCCUUAAGACUUCAGGACAAAUGACUUGUUUAAUUUUACACAAAUGAAAACGAGGCUGUUUUUUUGGAAAAACUAUUUCAGGGUUUCUGAAAAUCAGUACGUCCUGAACGUCCUGUGGCGGAAAUGAUCGAGGGACUUUAGUUUUGUACUUUUUUCAGUAUGAAUAUUCAGAUUUUUUUUUUUUGAGAAGCAGCACUGCAUAAAAUAUUAAGAAUUGUUUUCAUAGUUUGUCUUGAAUAUAUACUACCGAUCUCUUAUGCUCACCAAGGCUGCAUUUGUUU